ACUUUACGAUUUUUGGUGAUACAAUAUCCUCUUCCAAGUCUCAAAGACACGGAUGAGCUUGCAUUCCGGCUGCCAUGAAUUUCCAGAGGACUCUCAUUGCUUUUCUUCUACGAAGGCGCAAAGGUAGUCGACGCCCACCCACUCCGGUCCCCCAAGUGCCGAUGCUAGACGAAGAAGAUGGCGAGUGGGACUUUCUUCAACAUGAAAGAGAUGGACCCUACUGUGAUGAUCCGACCUCGAAUGAAGCCAACAAGAAUCGGUUUGAAUGGCUCGCCAAGGCAGCAAAUAAGCUGAGAGGUUCCUCAAUUGAUACCGGCCUCAAACGCUCGAAAGGCUUCAAGCUCGCGAGGAAUACUAAUCCUUCUGAACCGUGUGACAGCGAACCGUCGCCAUUGAGCUCACUUGAACUUGAAUCCACCGUCACGCAACCAAAGCUACUUCCCAGGGACUGUAGGCGACGUUCAACUGGCUCGCACUCAGCUCAGGACAUUAGCUGGGCUAUCAAUUUCAAGCCUUACGACACUCAUCGUCUGGAAAAUGACUUGCUUUCGGGCCCCGCCUCAAGUUCAUCUACAGUCCAACAACAGGUCGAUCUCAAGAACAGUGAUGAUCUCGAAGAUCGGCAAGAUCCAACGCCCAUUCAACCCGGCUCAAUUUCUCAUCAUACUCAUGCGCACCAUGCCCCACAACAAAGCUCAAAGUUCGAGCUGCGAAAAGUUCAGUUCUUCGACAUUAACCUUCGUGCUGGCUUCAAUGCGCCCAACUACCCCAUGCUACGAUACAAUCAUCGCAAGCAUUCAUCAGAUCUAAGUAAUAUAAACCUUCCUAGUGAUCUUUCAACUUGUUGGCGGAAUCCGGGUUCAGAAUCGAGUGGUACAAUCAAGUCGACUAUGACCUCAAGCAUGAUCUCUACAUUUUCAUCCCUACAUACCUCUUCGAUAACGGAUCCGAGCGGUGACGAAGAAGAAUUACAAGAUUGCUUUGACACAGAACCAAACUUCCAAGAGAGCUUACAUCAAAGGAUCAUCUCGUAAACAUACACGUUAGAAGUGCCUUGUCGCGGCCGGGCGAAAAUUCAAGGGUUAAAUUAGAAUUCAAAUAUUUCUCUCACUUAGAUGCCUACUGAUUUAGCAGUUGAUGUGUUAGACGAUCCUUGAAGAAAACUCCAACAGACUUCCUAUCCUUCUCUAUUAUCAGGACCUGGAACUUCAAAUCUAAUAGUACAUCACAACAUGACUUCUUCAGUCAGUCUUCACGCCAAAUCCAUUCAUUCUUUUCCAUUUGUUGACUUCUGUCUGUUAUAUCUUUAUCUGGAAUUUUGUUUGCCUUUUGUUCACGAUAAAUUACAUGAGCUUAAUUUCUAAUCGUCUAUCUGCGUCUGCGACUCAUUUCAGAGACACAACAAGAGAACAGCAUGGCUCGUCAUUUCAAUCUCGACUGCUUUCUCUUUUGAUUUAUCUAGAUCCUUAUAAAUCUAUCAUAUCAUCUUAUCUUCGUUUUUCCAUUGCGUUUUGUGCAAUAAAGAGGUUUGUAAGAAUUCCUUCAACUUUUUGAUAGUCUUAUAGAACAAAUUUCAAAUUUACUUAUAUAAAGUUAGAGCACAUUGCAGCAUUGAUGUUUUUUGCUAGUUUUUGUUGAAUUCAUGAUGUGGUUUCACGAUUCAGAUUAUUUACCAUAUAAUCUGUUCGGUGUUCUCUCCCUAAUUAUAUUUCAAUCAUCAUCUCUGAUGUUUUCAGAUUCCCUUUG